AUGAUAACCCCUUCAAUCGAGAAUCCACUCCACAUCCCCGAGAUCAGAGCCCGGAUCAGUCGCAUAGUCUCUCUAAAGGAUGCCAUCUCCUGCGUUCGCGUUUCCAAGGCAUGGUCCAAGGAUUUCGCUUCGUCAAUAUGGUAUGCCGUCGAUUUCAAUAUCCACGACACUUUCGGAGACCUCGAUAGUGAUAUUGUCACUAAGUAUGGACACCACAUUCGCACUAUCAAGAAUCUCAAAACCCAGUCCGAACUGAAUGCAGUUCUUCGUCCAACAAUCAAGAAUGCAACAUUGCUUCAGAUAAUUGCCUUUCGGGGUAGCAGCAACUCUCACACUGAGAGAGAUAACGUUCCUUCGGAGGACGAUCACUUUCAACAGUCGGAUCGAGCUGUACAAUUGCUGCCGCGGUGUUGCCCACACCUCAAGUUUCUCGAGUUUGAGGGCCAUGAGAUGGACAUGGACAUUGUGGAGGAGGAGACAUGGGCAUGCAUAGGAUUACAACAUCUUCGGGCGCGCAUUCGAGGCUUGGAUACGAAAGACAAGAUUGACCGGAGUUUGGACUUGUGGAAGGAAGGAAAACAAAAGUCGCAACAGCAAAAGGAGACCAAGGCCAAGGACACAUCAAUCGAGGCGCGCGUUGCAAGACAUCUCUUAUCGUUCGAGAAACUGCAGGCAGUCUGGCUGGGCACUCGUACGUUUUAUGCUUGA